CUGGCUUUCUGAGGGGACCCAAGAUGGCUGAAAAUUCACAGUGGGGCUAGUGUUUAUUCAAGUAAGAUGCUGCAACCCUUUGGCAAAACAGAGGUAGUAUAUGGAAUAUAGCGAUCCGGAAACAUAAACUAAUACAUCGGUUCGAUCCAUUAUAUCUUGAAAUGUCUAUAUAUUGAUAAGGAGACAGGCUGGUCCCCCCGCGGCCCAUAGCCAGAACAUGGCGGAACACUUGGGCAAAAUAUAGCAAGCUAGCUAGCCUGCUAGCUUAUUAUGAAAACAUUGCUUUAAAUGCGACUUUGUCUACUCGUAUAAGGGUCGAAGGUAUUCCGAUUGGGGAAGUAGUGCUAUCGCUUUGUUGUUUUGUUUUUUUGGAAGACGACUGGACAUUACACAUUUUAGAAUGUUAAGCGCUGACAGAUAGCUCAUUAGCUAACUUGCUAGGCUAGUUAGCUAGCAGGCUAUAACGUUAACGUUAUUGGUGGCAGCUGCAGCAAACUGAAGUGAAAGGGCAUCUGAUUUUCCCCCUGUCGCACUCCGAAUGUGUCCGGUCUGAAACUUUGACUAACUAUAAUUAACAACAUCCACGAUAUCAACGUUUUACGCUGACCAGCGAAUGUGUGGGUGCAGUCAUAAACAGGUUUAUCUUAAUUGAAGGAGAAUGCUUCUGAAGUGCCACAAGACAACUAUCGCUCCCACUGUACUAACCAGCAACAGUAGCUAACGUUAACAAUUGUCACUACAAGACAUAAGUUAAGGUGCAAUCUUGCUUGUUGCAUAGCUCAAACAUUUGGCUCACUGGUGUGCAAACAUUUAUUUUGAUAAGUGUUGCAAUAUUAACACCGUUGGCUUGCCACGAUCACCAUCAUCUGGCUUUGUUUCUUCUCCAUAAAGCUCAGUUGCAACACUGUAUCAAUAUACACCGUUAGGUGACCAACAAAGUGGUCUUCUGGUUAGUUACCAUUAGCUAGCUAAGGGACGUUAGCGUCUUUGAGGGAAACUCAUUGGUAAAGACACUCAAGUGGCGCCGGGGAGGGAAAGUGCGGCCGAGUAAACUUCGCCACCGGUGAAGUGACCACCGUUGUAAUAUUGGAAUCAGCUAGGACGUCUGCAAGAAUGACAGACACACGGCGGCGGGUAAAAGUCUACACUCUCAACGAGGACCGACAGUGGGACGACCGGGGAACAGGACACGUUUCCUCGGGCUACGUCGAGAGGCUGAAAGGCAUGUCUUUGCUGGUGCGCGCCGAAAGCGACGGAUCACUACUGCUGGAGUCCAAAAUCAACCCAAACACAGCCUACCAGAAACAGCAGGACACAUUGAUUGUCUGGUCGGAAGCUGAGAACUAUGACUUGGCACUCAGUUUUCAGGAGAAGGCCGGGUGUGAUGAGAUCUGGGAAAAAAUAUGCCAGGUCCAGGGCAAAGACCCGUCGGUGGAUAUCACGCAGGAGCUGAUCGACGAGUCUGAGGAGGAGCGUUUUGACGACAUGUCGUCCCCGGGCCUGGAGCUGCCGCCGUGCGAGCUCUCGCGCCUGGAGGAGGUGGCUGAGCUGGUGGCGUCGUCACUUCCGUCGCCGCUGCGCCGCGAGAAACUGGCCCUGGCGCUGGAGAACGAGGGAUACAUCCGGAAGCUUCUGGAGCUUUUCCGCCAGUGCGAAGCGCAGGGCAACCGCGAAGCGCUACACCAGCUGUACGACGUGGUCAAGGGCAUCUUCCUGCUCAACCGCACGGCGCUCUUCGAGGUCAUGUUCUCGGAGGAAUGCAUCAUGGACGUGAUUGGAUGCCUGGAGUUCGACCCGGCUCUGCCUCAGCCGCGGCGCCACCGCGAGUUCCUGACAGGCACGGCGCGCUUCAAGGAGGUCAUCCCCAUCUCGGACCCGGAGCUGCGGCAGAAGAUCCACCAGACGUUCCGCGUGCAGUACAUCCAGGACAUGGUUCUGCCCACGCCGUCCGUGUUCGAGGAGAACAUGCUCUCCACGCUGCACUCCUUCAUCUUCUUCAACAAGGUGGAGAUCGUGGGCAUGCUGCAGGACGAUGAGAAGUUCCUGACGGAGCUCUUUGCCCAGCUGACGGACGAGGCCACAGAUGACGACAAGCGGCACGAGCUGGUGAACUUCCUGAAGGAGUUCUGCGCGUUCUCUCAGACGCUGCAGCCUCAGAACAGAGACGCCUUCUUCAAGACGCUCUCAAACAUGGGCAUCCUCCCCGCACUGGAGGUCAUACUGGGUAUGGAUGACGCACAAGUAAGGGGAGCAGCGACGGAUAUCUUCUCGUACCUUGUGGAGUACAACCCCUCGAUGGUACGAGAGUUUGUGAUGCAGGAGUGCCAACAGAAUGAUGACGAUAUCUUGCUGAUCAACUUGAUCAUUGAGCACAUGAUUUGUGACACAGACCCAGAGUUGGGGGGUGCAGUGCAGCUUAUGGGGCUACUCAGGACGCUGGUAGACCCUGAGAACAUGAUGGCUACUGCAAAUAAGACGGAGAAGACGGAGUUUCUGAGCUUCUUCUAUAAGCACUGCAUGCACGUGCUCUCCGCCCCCCUACUGGCCAAUACCACUGAAGACAAACCCAGCAAAGAUGACUUUCAGACGUGCCAGCUGCUAGCUCUGAUUGUGGAGCUGCUGACGUUCUGCGUGGAACACCACACGUACCACAUCAAGAACUACAUCAUCAACAAGGACAUCCUCCGCCGCGUGCUCGUCCUUAUGGCCUCGCAACACGCCUUCCUCGCACUCUGUGCGUUAAGGUUUAUGCGUAAGAUCAUCGGGCUUAAGGAUGAGUUCUAUAAUCGCUACAUCAUGAGGAACUUCCUGUUUGAGCCUGUCGUCAAGGCCUUUCUCAACAACGGCACACGCUACAACCUCAUGAACUCCGCCAUCAUUGAGAUGUUUGAGUAUGUCCGGGUGGAGGAUGUGAAGUCUUUAACAGCUCAUAUCAUUGAGAGCUACUGGAAGGCCUUGGAAGAUGUGGACUAUGUGCAGACCUUCAAGGGCCUCAAGCUGCGCUAUGAGCAGCAGAGAGAAAGGCAAGACAAUCCCAAACUCGACAGCAUGCGCUCGAUCCUGCGCAACCACCGUUUCCGCCGGGACGCGCGGACGCUGGAGGACGAGGAGGAGAUGUGGUUCAACACGGACGAGGACGAGCUGGAGGACGGGGAGGCCGUGGUGCCGCCCUCCGACAAGAGCAAGAGCGGCGAGCAGGACCUCAUGGAGCCCAUCAGCAAGUUCAUGGAGAGAAAGAAACUUAAAGAGCCAGAGGAUAAGGAGGUGUUGCCCAAGUCCAGUCUCUCGGGGAGGCAGAGCCCCAGCUUUAAGCUGUCCUUCUCCAGCUCGCCCAAAGCCUCCAGCCUCUCCUCUUCCUCGCCCUCCACCUCGCCUUCCUCAUCGCCCUCCUCCCACCCCGGCUCGCCGGGAUCGCCAGGGUCGCCGGGGGCAACCGCCCGCAGCUCCUCGCCCGCCUCCACCACCACAGUCACCACCAAGGGCACCCUGGUUGGGUUAGUGGACUAUCCAGACGAUGACGAGGAUGAGGAGGACGACGAAGACGACUCCGACGGCAAGGAGGAGAGUCCGCCCCUGUCCAAGAAGACCAAGCUGGGCUAGUAGAGUGCCACACCUGCCACCUGCGUCCUGUCCCUCCCUGCCAAUUUCCCGAUCCCCCUCCACGCUCUCCUCGUCGUCAUGGCAACACACCCCCCCCCACCCCCACACCCCUUCCUCCUUCCCUGCAGGGGGAUGGUUGCCUGCCGAUGGACUAUUUUGUUGAACUUUGUAGAACUUAAAAAAAAAUAAACAAACAAACAAACUGAUUCAAGGAGAGAAACAAAAAAAAAGAGAAAACAAAACAAGAAUGAAUGAGAGAACGAAUGCAGAGGUCCCCUCCGAUGGGAGGAUGCGAAGGGAAAGGAGAGAGAGAAACAAGGGGGGACAAAAAAAGAUGGAAAAAAAAAAACCUAGAAGACAUGAAAAGGAAAAGUCUCCUCAUGGACGUUGCAUGAGGAACCUCCUUGUUCAAGUGCCAAUUGGAGACGUGAGUGAAGAACUGAUGUGGACGAACGCCGGAGAGAAAGGAGAGAGAGAAAGAGAGAGAGAAAGAAAGAGAGAGAGAGAGAGAGAGAUAAAGACUGUUGCUGUGGUUGGAUAAGAGAUUUUUUAAAAUGAUUUAAUGACUUAAAACCAACAAAGCUAAGUACUCUUGGGGGAGAAAACAAGACACAUGCGAGCGCACACACACACACACACGCACAUGCAAACACACUUUCACAUACAUACACCCAGGCAUGCAAUUCAGUGUGCACGCACACACACACACACACACACACACGUAUACAGACACACACACAUACUCUGACGCAGAGACUGGUGCCCCAUCUGUUGUGCCGGGCUCGGACCAGUAUCACACACACUGCCCCCCGUCUCAGGGAAGGAGAACGCAGUGACCCGAAACGGGCCAGCCAAUCCAGAACCACAACCACCACUCCCUUUCAAUGGCUCCUCUGUUUCUUUCUCGCUUUCCUCUACUCCCCCUCUUUUCUCCUUUUUCUUUCAUCUCUUCUGUUUUCGUUUUUAUGAUCCUUUUUUUUUUUUUUUUUUAACGUUUAGUUUUUAAGACCAGACGGGAGACUGGAAAACACAGAAAAAACUUGUCUUGGUUGUCGUCGCUUGUUGAUGAUGUCAUCUUCGUCAUUGUGGCUCUCUAUCUCUCUCUUUGUUUGCCCCUUAGUGGGAAGUUCUUCUUUUGUUCAAUGCCAGCAGUGUCUGUUUCUCAUUCUCAUUCUCUCUCUCUCUCUCUCUCUCUCUCUCUCUCUCUUUCUCUCCCUCCUUUUUUUAAAUCAGCAUAAUGAGGCCUGCCUUUUGGAGUUCAGGUUGUUUUCAGUCGCACUUGGUCUGGUUUUAAAAAAACCUCCCUACAAGGAGACUGAGAGAGUGAGAGGGAGAGAGAGAGAGUUAAACCCUCUACUCUUUUUUUGCCCUUUGAAACUGCAGAAUUGUUUUUGUUUUUGUUUUGAAAAUUUGUAACCCUCCCCCCCUCUGUUUUGAUUAAAGAUUGAGUGGAAUUCUAGAUGUGAUCGAUUUAUUGUCAUAUCUUAUGUUGUUUUCCCCUCUCUCUCUCUCUUUUUUUUCUUUUACAUGAGUGUAAAAGUUAGUUGUGCGGUAUAUUUGGGACCAUUAAAAAGAUCUUUUGCUGUAA